UAGAUGCAAAGUUCUUGGCAGCAGCAGCUACUUCCUCUAUCUGCGAGAGGACAGAUCAGGGCGUCAGUAACUGUGGAUUCCAGAAUGACUGUAUCUGGAAGACCUUCCUCCCCCACCUCAUCAGAGGAUUUGUACAGAGCCCUGUUCUGCUCCUGCUGACCACCACAUUACAGACCCUGAGUGUUACCGAGCGAGUAUUUGAGCUGUAAGCCGCACCUUCUGAAUGACAUCUCCAGCCAGAACAGCACCGUGCUCACAGCAGGCAGAAAGCUAUGAACCAGAUGGUCCCUGACAUUCUGCCCCCUUCUAUAUGUGAUGCUAGGAUAUGCUGGCAAGACCUUCUUGAAAUCUGUUGUAUCCUUUCAAGUCAAGAAAAUGGAGAAUAACUCAAACCUUGACCAUGCCAUUACCUGGGAGAAAUAUUGUAAUAUCACUGGCAAAGAAGAUGGUCACCAUGUCCAUGUCACUAGUGUUUUAUCUGCUGUCAUCUGUGCAUUGGUGUUCCUACUGGGGCCACCAGUAAAUGGCUUUGUCCUAUGGAUUAAAGUCUUCAAGAUGGAGAAGAAAUACCGUACAAUCUUAUACCUUCACUUGUUCUUUGCUGGUUUUAUCUUCUCAUUGUUCCAAUUUCUGGACAUGGUCUACUUUGCUUUAGAUGUUCACUGGCCCUUUGGCUCCUUCAUGUGUAGAUUGAACAAUGCUAUUUUUUAUCUCUACAUGUUUGUAAGUGCUUCUAUUCUCACUCUGUUCAGUAUAGACUAUUGCAUUGUGGUCCUGCUUCCCAUUCGUUACAAUUUCUACAGGACAACAAGUUUGGCUUCCAUUGAAGUCCUUGUCAUCUGGAUCUUCUCACUUGGGGCCAGUGUGCCUUACUUCAUUUUCAAAAACACAUACGAGUGUCAGAAGUCAAGCAAGUGUCUCUAUGGUGUUCUCCAUGAUGAGAAAGUCCAAUAUCAGUCAAUAGUGACCACCGCAUUUGUCCUUGGAAUCCUCAUCCCUUUUUUGAUCAUCAUUUCAUGUAUCAUUUUCACAGGAUUGUUCUAUCACAGGAAGAAUUCUUCACGGUAUACCACAAACUUAAAACUGAUCUUCUCAAUCCAGAUAUGUUUUUUCCUUAGUUGGAUCCCACACCAUAUAUUCUCCUUUCUAUCUUCUUCUAUGACUGGAGAAAGUCUUCCAAACUCCUUUAUUGACCAGGGUCUGAUUCUCACCAUGGCCUUGGCCUUGUUGACUGCUUGUAUAAACCCUUUGAUGUAUGCUUUUAUUUGUCCGGAUUUUAAAAAAGUUUUUUCUAUACGAUCAUUAUUUGCAAAAAUACAUUAGGAUCUGGAAAGAAGACAACUGAACAGACCAUGCAUUUUAUUCAAAACAGAUUGGCCCUCGAUUCAGCAGAUGUGAACUGCAGUAUCAGACAUAGCUUGUGGACAGAGAUGGUGCUGUUUCUGGAGUUAUUCCAUGGACUUUUUCCAUCACAAAGAUGCUGAAAGGCUGUUAAUAACUGUUUGUAAUCGUAAUGCACAGUGGUUCUAACAUGAAAAAGAAAUUCACCAUUUUGUGCUGCUAUGUGUCUCCACUGAUGCUGCUGCUGCUAUGUAUGUGUUGCUGAGGUCUCUCUCCCACUCUGGCAACUAUAAGUUUAGUCCCUUCAUAUUUAACCUGUAGAAGAAGACUACUCUGCUGUACUACUAUGUGACUAAAUUAUUCUACACCUUUCCUGACAAGCAGGCAGAAAACUACGUCUAUGGGCUGCGCAGCAAUAAACAGAGCAUUAAUAUGAAAAAAACUG